AUGCCUCCUUCCCCUGAGACUGAGGGUAGUGAGUUCUCCAACAGCGAGUUGGAAUACGCUGAUGAUAUGUUUUCAGACCACAGUGAUGACAAUACUGACAGGACUGAGGAGACUGACAGCCAGGAUAGUGAGGAUAGUCAUGACAGUGAUGAGGAGAUCUCAGAAGAUAAUAAGCUUCCUUCUCUUGAAUAUUAUAAGGUCGAGGAGACUACUCUUGAUAGUCUUCAGACCACUGGCACUAUGAGUGUGAUCUCAAGCAUGCCCCAAAACAUCCCGCUAACUGUGGAGGCUCUCAGAUACUGUGAAUACAUGAGAAGGAAUAAUGUGCUUGAUGUCUACUGGACACUCUCAAUCCAAUCCUUUAAAGGGUUUCUCAGCGGGGCUUGCGACCAAUGUCGUGGCAAAGGGGGAAGAAGGUGGCCGGGGAUCCAAGCCGUCAGCUCCCUGGGAACCUUCUGGAAGCAGUUUUCUCAGAUCUAUAAGCAAGCCACGGGUGACAGCAUCAAUCCUCUGAUCAUGGCUCAAGCACGGAAUGUGAUCGAGCUCAUCGCUGAUGAGGAGAAGCUCAGCCACGAGAAGAGGCCCGGGGAGCCCAUGUACGUUGGUGACUUGGCGGAGUACCUCCACGUGCUUCUGGUCAUGAACGAGAUGGAGUUUUUGGUCAGUCGGCUGCGUGGUGAGCUGAUCCUCUUCUGUCAGGUCACGGGUAUCACGGGUAAUCAGCCAGAUGCCUUGACCCAGCUUCAGUAUCAUGAUCUGGAGCUCAUGCUGGUCCGGGACCCCCAUAUCAGUGUACCUCAUCUGUGCGUUGGGCUGACCGCCCACUUCACCAAGACCUUCCUGGGCAUGAACUAUGUCCUGCGUGUUCUGAAUGGACUCAAUCAGCAAAAACUCUCACUGCAAGAUGAUCUGACAGAUCAGUUCAUCUUCUGCUCAACUGUCCACGAAAGAGAUAGCAUCUGCAUUACACAUGAGAUCUGGUUGACCAAAGCUUCAGUGCAGACUCAGAUGAAAAAGAGUGGCGAGAUCAUAGGCUUCCAGCAGGUUUCAAAGCUGGUUUCAACAAGAGCCGUGAUUGUCCAUCUGUUUUUCCCUCCCGUUCCCUUUUCAAGAGUGAACAUGCCUGUUGAUGUUGGCAUUGUCAAACGGCGGAUCAUCUACCAUGGCCGCAAACUGCAGAAGGUACUGAAGAGGAUGCUGAUGCCGGAGCAGUCGAGAUUGUUAAACUACCUGGCGCGCAUUCUGAAGACUUCCUGGUCAGUCAAAUGUAUGAAGAAGCGCCGUGACGCUACUGCACGCUGGCUCCACAGUCGGAUGGGACAGAGGUACAGCCGAAAGACUGAGAAAGACCGACAAUGGGAAGACAAAUAUAGGCGCCAGGUUGAGAAGCACGAGAGGAGAGAUGAGAGAUAUCACAAGGCCGUUCGCUGGCUCCGCAGCGAGAAGCAACGCCCAGUGAUCAACAGCAAGCGGCAGCUCUCCGGAAAGGUUAUCGAUAAGGAUGUGAGAGGUGAACUAGAGCAGUCUGAGUACAUGACGCCUGAACAGAUAUCUGAUCAUGAUCGAUGCGGCCCUAAUGCUUCCAUCAAAAGACCCCAGAGGCAGAACUGCAGCGACAUAUUACCGCCCUCCACACCGUCAGUGCAUACUGCGGUGCUGGAGAGGGGCCGCUCUGCCGUCGACGUGGUCACGGCUCUAGGCCCAGGUCGGCCACCUUGUAGCAAACGGCCGUCAAGGCGGGGGAGUGAUUGGCCAGCCAUCAUCGACCGCGCCCCUUGA